AUGGUGCACCAAUCCAUCUUCAUUUUAUCAGUCAUCUCCUUUGCCCUCUUUCUGCUGGCACAAUUGUACUCCCUCUCUGCCGCCGCCGCCGUCGCUUCUACGCUGUUUGCAUGCAUCAUAUUCCACCGCCGCUCCGCCUUGGAACCCAAGAAUUUGCCUCCGGGCCCGCCGAGAUGGCCCAUCGUCGGCAACCUCCUCCAACUGGGCCCCCUCCCUCACAGGGACCUGGCCUCCCUGUGCCGGAAGUACGGCCCGCUCGUCUACCUCCGCCUUGGCAGCGUCGAUGCCAUCACCACCUCCGACCCUUCCGUCAUCCGCCAGAUCCUCCUCCAGCAGGACGAGGUCUUUGCCUCCAGGCCCCGGACCCUCGCCGCUGUCCACCUGGCCUAUGACUGCGGAGAUGUGGCCCUGGCCCCACUGGGCCCGCGGUGGAAGCGGAUGAGGAGGAUCUGCAUGGAGCACCUUCUGACCACGAGGCGCCUGGAGGCGUUCGCAAGGUACCGGGCCUGCGAGGCCCAGCACCUGGUCCGGCACGUCUACGGGCUCCGCCGUGACAGGGGUCGGGCAGGGAUCGACAUGAGGGAGGUGCUGGGGGGGUUCUCCAUGAACAACGUGACGAGGAUGCUGCUGGGGAAGCAGUAUUUCGGCGCAGGAUCCUCGGGCCCGCAAGAAGCCAUGGAGUUCAUGCACGUAACCCACCAGCUCUUCCGGCUCCUGGGGGUGAUCUACCUGGGUGACUACCUGCCGUUCUGGAGGUGGAUCGACCCCCAUGGCUGUGAGAAGAAGAUGAGGGAGGUCGAGAAGAGGGUCGACGACUUCCACACCAAGAUCAUCGAAGAACACAGGAGAGCCGCCGCCGCCGGAGAGGCGAAAGCGGCGGCGGUGCUCGCCGGCGAUUCCGACAUGGACUUCGUGGACGUUCUGCUGUCCUUGCCCGGCGAAGAUGGAAGAGACCGCAUGGACGACGUCGAGAUCAAAGCUCUCAUUCAGGAUAUGAUCGCGGCCGCCACCGACACCUCCGCCGUGACCAACGAAUGGGCCAUGGCGGAGGUGAUAAGGCACCCGCGGGUCCAGCGCAGGAUCCAGGAGGAGCUCGACUCCGUCGUGGGGCGCGACCGGAUGGUGUCGGAACCCGACCUCGCGCACCUCAACUACCUGCGCUGCGUGGUGCGGGAGACCUUCAGGAUGCACCCGGCCGGCCCGUUCCUCAUCCCGCACGAGUCCGUCCGGGCCACCACCCUCAACGGCUACCACAUCCCCGCCGGGACGCGGGUCUUCAUCAACACCCACGGGCUGGGCCGGAACCCAGACGUCUGGGCCGAUGAUGUCGAGGAGUUCAGGCCUGAGAGGCACUGGCCUGCGGUGGUGGGGGAGCAGGGGGACGGUGUGGGCCGGGUUGAAAUAAGCCACGGGCCUGACUUCAGGAUCCUGCCCUUCGGCGCCGGGAAGCGGAAGUGCCCCGGGGCGCCGCUCGGCGUCACCCUGGUCCUGACGGCCCUGGCCCGGCUGUUCCACUGCUUUGAGUGGAGCCCGCCCGGCGGGAUGAGGCCCGAGGACAUCGACACGGCCGAGGUCUAUGGGAUGACCAUGCCCAAGGCCCGGCCCCUGGUGGCCCUCGCCCGGCCCCGCCUGGCCGAACAUCUUUACCACUAAUGUCGUGAUAAAGAAGCAAAGUGAGAAUUUGUCCACUUGCUUGCUCUUUGACAAGUGCUCUUUCUCUCUCUCAAAUCUCUUCUCGAGUUACAGCGAAAAUUGUGA